AUUCGGUAGCUUGUUCGAAGAAGCAAGUUGCGAACACAGCGAAUUUCACGAGCAGAGGCAAGUUCUUGUAAAGCCGACUUCCUUGUAAUACAUAGAUCGUACGAGACAAUCGAAACAGUAAUUCGAAACUAGCUACGAGGAGCAUUCUGCGUUUCCCAAUAGAGACCAGUUCGUAGUUUUCCGGUGUAAGAAUCGCGUUCAUAAGACCCCGCGACAUGAAAGUUUCACUUCUGCUGCUUGCUUUGCUUGUAAUCGGUGUUGUAAACGCUGACACAUAUCCCGACAAGUACGAUGACAUCGACUUCGAGAGGAUUAUCCAGAACGGCCGUAUCCUCACCAAUUACAUCAAAUGCAUGCUGGACGAGGGCCCGUGCACCAACGAAGGUCGGGAGCUGAAAAAAACGUUGCCAGAUGCUUUAGCCACGGAUUGCAGUAAAUGCAACGAAAAACAGAAACAUGCUGCAGAUAAAAUAAUCAAUCAUCUCAGAAAUAAGAGACCAAGAGACUGGGAACGACUUACAGCGAAAUACGAUCCAAACGGUGAAUAUAAGAAACGUUUCGAAAAUACUCAAACUGCCAAAAAAACUUGAACUUAAAAUGCAGGAUCAUGAGAAUAUUUAUAAAAUGAAGAUGUACGGAGAAUGGUAAUUUGUUAAGCAAAUUCAACAAACUCAAUGUUAUGUAUAUACAUAUACGCGUCAUUCGUAUGGAUCAUUUUCGGAGUUAUCAUUAUUUAUCGGAGUCGAAGAUUUCAUAUUAUACAGAAAAUUAUGCUGUACACUUUAUGCGCAUGUUUUUUCCUCUUCGCAAUAAAAACAAAAAUGUCUCUUAUGUGUCCAGAAAUAAAGUUCAUUUAUUGAAAAGUUUA